AUGAAACCACAAAAUACUGAGAAUGAUAUUUUAUUUGACAAGACAUUAAAGUUUACUCCCGAUAUUGAAAAUUAUAAACCAUACACCAAGAAUCAGGCAAAUUCAACAUCACUCUCAGAGAAAUCAACAUUAUCAAAUAUUUGUGUGAUUAGUGUGAUUUCGAAAGAGCAUACAAUUCCGAAUAAUAAUUCACAAACAAUUAAACAAGUCACAAUUCCUCAAAAACCAAUGAAUAUGAAUAAUGAAGUAUUAUUUGAUUUGGAUAAUUUAUCUUUUAUUCCAGACAUGGAAAAUUAUUUACCAUAUUCAAAAGGGUUAAUGUAUAGAAUGGGAAGUAAAUUAUUCGGAGGAAUGACAGAAUUUGCUAAAAAUCAUUACACUGCUAAUAUUGCAAAAUACUGGGAAAAGUUUUUCAAAAAGAAUAAUGAUAAAUUCUUUAAAAACAGACAGUGGAUGUUGAGAGAAUAUCUCCAAUUGAAGGAUGCUAUUGAAAAGAAUGAAACAUUUACUUUUUGUGAAAUUGGAUGUGGAUGUGGUAACACAAUUAAUGGAAUUUUAUCCAAUGUAAAGUCAAUUAAUGAAAAUUUUGAUGCAGCUAAACAGAUGGAAAUUUAUGGAUUUGACUGCUCAUCUCAUGCAGUGGAACUUUUGAAAGAAACUUAUAAGGAGCAUGAAAAUAUUCACCUCUUUGUUCAUGACUUGUUGGAAAAGAAGAGUAUCUUGGAAAGUGAGGCAACCAGUGCAAGACACACACCUCCUCCACCUCAUUUCAUUCAAUAUUCGACAAUGAUAUAUGUAUUGAGUGCAUUCAGUUCACUAGAAGAUAUGAAAUACAUGCUCAAUGUAAAGAUUCACGAGUUACUCUCAAAGGGAGGUAUUUUGUUUUUACGUGACUAUGCUGUUGAGGAUUUAGCUCACAAGAGAUACCUAGAAGAGAAGGACAUUUACACAAAACAAUUGAGUGAAACUUGUUUUGUAAGAGGAGAUGGAACUUUGGUUUACUUUUUCUCAAUUCCUGAACUGACCUCGCUCUUUGAUACAGAAAAGUAUGACGUACUGUCAUGUGAAUAUAUCUAUAAGGUGGUUGAAAAUAGAGGAGAAAGCUUGACAAUGAAUAGAAAAUUUAUACAAAUCGUUUGCAGGGCUAAAUAA